GAACUUGGAGGAAAUUUUAAGACGCUUCCUUAUACACCGUGGUGCAAAAUUAGUUCCACGUGCAACCUCGUGCAUAUAUCAAUACGACCUGCUUUAAUUCCUGUCCCUCAACAUCAUGCUCAUCUACCUCCUCCCGGAUGGCCCGCAUCCGCGGGUGUACCACACCGUGAACUUCACGGACCCGUACAACCGCGUCCCGCUGCCAAACAACUGGGCCGCACAGCUGCACUGUCUACACAUGGACGAGUUGGACCUUCCCACGGCAACCCACGCGCUCGACAAAGCGUGUUGGCUCACGGCAAUCAUCGACGAGCUCGUGUUCGACAUGGUCUCGCAGACGGUCUCGUGCUCCUUCUCGAACGGUCCGACGCUCCAGUGGUCGCUUCGCAGGCAGCCGGCAUGCGUUGCUGCACUCGAGGACGUCCUCGCAGACCUGGCCCAGAGCAGAAAUGAGCAGGACAAAGAACGUGCGGCAACGCAGCCGAGUCCGAAGGCGACCACACCAAAGCAGCGGCAUGUCUCCCUGCCGCCGCCGGUAUUGACGAAGUCAGCGAAGCACAAGAAGCAACGAUCGUUGCUUUCGUCAUUGAUCUCGAGCUUCAACAAGUUAGGAUCAGGCACGCCACCGCAAGACGUUCCUACUACCCCCUCGCCAUCCCGGUCGUCCUUCUCGCCACCCUCGUCACCAUCUCGCGUCUGCUGGAAACUUGCGGCUGACUUCCUCCCGCCCUCUCAGAAGACUCCUCUCGCUCAGACGCUCUCGCGGCCACUGUCAAUGGUCCUGCAAGCUCGCGCACGCUCGAGACUGGUGGACGCUUUUCGGCGGUUCGUGCUCGCGGAAGUGAAGGCUCGAAUAACACCGGGUGGAUAUGCGCAUUGGGCGGCGCGCUGUAUGUUGCGCCGCUCUGAGAACCAUAUGGCGUGGCUGGUUCAAGAGUCCGGAGGAGUUUUCCUGGACUUGACGCGGCCCAUGCCGCCUUCCAGGAUGACAUCGGCCCUGUCGGGCAAGACUUUGGUCUCCGUAGGCGACGCAUCGACGGAGGACGGCGACGAUGAGGUGGAUCGACGUUCUCUCACGCCAUCCAUGAGCACGGAGACCGACGGCUCCUCAAUCCACACCCCAGUCGAUUCUCCUUCGCAUUCUCCCUUCGCCCCGCCACCGCCGCCAAAGCACACGGGAUCAACCGCCCAGCGCAUGCCCCGCUCACCCUCGCCGGCCGAGUUCACAGCGGAAGACUGGGCGACGUACCAAUCGCUCAAUGCGCAGUGCAUGCGCCUGCGGCAGUUGCUCGUGCGCAUGGACGCCGCACGCGCGGACACAGAGCAGGACGAGCGCAAUUUCCAGGCCGUGCUGGAGGUCAAGAGCCGGCGGCGGGCGUGGUCGAACCGAGUGUACAUGGGCGGCGCACCACUAUCGGGGAUCGGGCUCGCUCUCCCAUUCAGGAGCUCGCCGCUCGCCCGGUGCGAGUCGGUCACGCCCGAGCUCCUUUGCACGACUCUGCUGGAAGUGAGCACGGGAGAUCACAACAUUGCAACAUUGUUCCCGGUCAGUGAGGAGGACGAGGACGAGGAGGACAGCGUGCCGUUCUCUCUGGCGCCAGAUGCGGCGCUGAGGGAUCUCGAGAGCGGGUUGCUCCCGCCGCUCACGCGUCCGCAGAUGCGUGCCCGGACACACAGCAUGCAUCCGAUGCGUGCGCUGGACGUUGACCUGCCGCUCUGCCCUGACCCGCCUAAACUGCUUGUACCACCACAGCCACCGCCUAUGACCGCCACGCGUCCGAUGACACCAACCCCGCCGCUCUACCAGCCGCUCAACAAGUCUCUUUUGGAGACGCAGACGAAGUGCGAGCUGUUCGAGCACGCAGAGCGGGGUGGCGAGGACGAACACGAGCUCGGAGUCGGAGUCGGAGUCCGCGUGGGUCCGGAGUUCACGCUCGCGAUGGACCUGCCGCCGCCAUAUGCGCGGACUGUGGGUGCGGAACACGACGGGUGGAUCGAUAGCCGAGAAGAGGUGUCGUGCUAAGCCUCUUGCGGCUGCUGUUUUCUUUAUCUCUGUGUACGCUAACGAUGUAUCGGGACACUCAGGGCUGAGCGCUGGUUAGCGAACCCUCUCGGAUCUUGGUCAGGUUUUCAUACAUUCAAUGCAUUACAGCCAUGGAUUCUCUUUCUCACUCGCGUAUCGUCCUCAUUCGGCAUGCUUCAUCAUCUUUUCGCGUAAAACCCUCCUACUUCAUCGUCCCCCCUCACGCUCCCGCUCAGCAUACAUCUCAUCUGCAUUUCCAAUACAUUUACCAUUACAUCGUGCACCAUCAGUAGACUAUCAAGAUAUCCUAAUCUCUGCAGCGUCCAUUCCACCGUUCGCGCUCGGACCCUCGCAUUACCUUUGUGUACAUAGAUACCUUGC